ACACAGUUCAGUUUUGCGCGCGAAACUUGACAAUCGCGUGUGUGGUUUUUUUUUUAAUCGAAAGGAUCUUGUACAGAUUUUUAUGUGAUCUGUGGUGAUUGUGUUAUAAAAAUAUUUUAAUAACAGUAAAGCACCAUGCACUUCACAAAUAAGAUGAUCCUUUCCUUCGUCGCGGCAUCGUCGCUGUUCAGCCUGGUGACGUCAGCGGGCAAUGAGUACCUCCCUCCCCCCACGGGAUAUACGUAUCAGACACCCUCGAUAUCCUUCCCUAUUAGAACUACGCAGCCAACGUACCGGCCGACGCCGGCCCCCACCCCGCGGCCCACGCGGCCCACUUACCUCCCGCCCGCGCCCACGCCUGGGCCUACACCUGCCCCACACGACCACCACGAACAUCACGAGCACCACGAGCAUCACCACCACGAGCCAGGCAUGCCUUUCGACUUCGCGUACACUGUGAACGAAGACGACAACAAUUACAGCCACAACGCUAUAUCAGAUGGUGACGUCACUCGUGGGGAAUACCGCGUGGCGCUGCCCGAUGGCCGUACACAGAUUGUCAAGUAUACCGCUGAUUGGAAGAAUGGUUUUAAUGCUGAGGUAUCUUAUGAAGGAGAAGCAAGGUAUCCCGACCAACCCGCUGGCUUCGCAAAUGGCAACAACAGAGCGUAUGCACCACCAAGCGGUGGCGGUUACCAUUACUAAAUAAGUUCCACCGAUUUUGUGAUACGUUGAAAACAUUCAUGCUGUAAAUAGGAAUCCAUAUUUUACAAUAAACUUAUUGUUAAUCACUGUUAAUCAUAUACGUGUAAAAAAUGUGUAUAUCCAAUAAAUAAACCUCAUUCAAUCGUAUCAUUGUUCGUGACAGCUGCAGCGCGGGAAAAUUUGGCGGGAAUUUUUCCUACAGAUUGUUUCCUAGCACGAUAUUGCCAUUCAAAAUAAUCAUUUUGUAAUUGAGCUUUUAGCUUGGUUAUGUAAAAUGAAGAGUACAACUCAAUAACAUACUCCAUCAAUUUUGUAGCUAGAUAAAUCUAGUUAAUCACAAAAUAUCCAAUUAAUGUAAUUGAAAAUAUAAAGUUGCGAUUAUUUAAUGUUCGAAUGAUUUGAACGAUUACUCUAAGUUACCAAACAAGUUAUUAGAUACUUAUAAGAAAUAGUGAUAAUUAAAGUAAAUUAUAUAACCCAAUAUUUUCAGUUUCUCAUAUAAUUAUGUCCAAAAAUGACCUUUGAGUAGAAUCUUUAUACUUCUUUCCAUAUUAUGCUUAACUUAUCGGUUUAAAAAAUUAGAAAAGAAAAUAAAAAUGUAACUAGGCAAACUAGUCAGAAUUAUUUUUCUUCACUGUAAUUUUUUAUCUGUUGUUACAGAGACAAUUGACUCGAAAAAGUAAAUUUACUUUUUAAAUACAAUAUAAUUGUUACUUUAAAGUGAUAAAAUUAUGUCAAUUUAAAAUACUCAACAUCACUGCCUUGUAUAAUGUAUCCUAUCCUUAUUGUAUUAUUAUGUAAAACCUAUUUAAUGUACUUACUUAUUUUUGUAUAAGAGUUUGCAAAUAAAUAUAUUUUUAUAUAA